AAGAAGCGGCACCUGGUCAGAAAAUAGGAGCCAGACUUACCGGCUGGUGUGCUUUUGUCGUACGCUGGUUCACUCGGCUCUAAUAUUGCAAAGUGUCAUGUUUAUAGGGGUGUAAACACCGCUUUGACACUGCCUCCGCACUCCGCGGAGUCGCGAGCACGCAGUCACGUGCUGACGCAAUAGUCACAUGACGUGGUUUGUCUGCUGCAGCAACAAAUCGCAAAUCUUUCCCUUCUUUCUCUCCUCUUUUUGCCCACAAAACCCAGCGCUGCAGCCACGAAUCAAACUCUGAAUCAGGCUGGAGAAACACAGUGGCUGCAUAUGGAGGUAGAGGAGAUGGAAGAGGAAGGACCCUCGUCCCACAGUGAACUUCCCCACAGUGAAGACCUCCGGUUGGCGCAGGAGGAAUCACUGGAUCCACAAAGCUCAGCCCCGGGAGAAAAUGUAUACGUGGACAGAAAUGCGGUGGACAAACUCACAGAGGGAUUACUUUCUCAUUAUCUGCCAGAUUUGCAAAACUCUAAACGAGCCCUACAAGAGCUCACACAAAAUCAGCUGAUAUUGUUGGACACACUGGAUCAGGAAGUCGCCAAGUUCAGAGAAUGUAACAUGCUGUUGGACCUCAAUUCACUGUUCACAGAGGCGAAAGUUUAUCACAACAAACUGGUGAACAUAAGGAAAGAGAUGAUCAUGCUUCACGAAAGGACAACUAAACUAAAGAAAAGAGCUUUGAAGCUGCAGCAGCAGAAGCAGAAGGAGGCGCUGGAGAAGGAGCAGCAGCGUGAGAGGGAGCUCGAGAGAGAAAGACAGCUUAUUGCCAAACCCGCUAAAAGAACAUAGGAACCCCAAACGUGUCUGCUGUAGUCAAGGAUCAUACAGCCGGUUUAGCAUAUUUUAAUCUAUUUGAUGCAUAUCACAUUAAGUCGAUGUUAAUGCAGACCAUUUUCCAAAUUCUCCUCUUAAAUUGUUAAAAUCAAGAGGCCAUGUUCACCAGGAAGGAUUUUUUUUUUCUCAAAUUUUGUCUUUCUGUUAGGAUUUAUAAUAUGCAUGAAACUUUUAAUUUAUAUCUUAACUUCUACUUCCAGAUUGUUUAAUGGCUGCACACUUUAGUAUUCAUCCACACAAAUUUUUUUUUUUUGGAAAUAUACAACACCCCAGCUAAUUAAAAAAAAAACAUUAGAAGCAGAUCUUGGCACAGCUGUAUUACUCCAGUUUAUUCCAGAUUCAGUUUUUAAUGUAAAAACUUGGUCAGAGAUUGAAUGGAUUGAAUCAUUAAGUAUUAAUUUACCUCCUUUUUGCUACUGGAUUUUUUGAAAAGUUUUUCUAUUACUUUUGAGAAACUCCUAAGUCGAUACAAUCUGCCUGACUUUGAGAACAAACCUUUUAGGUUUGACUUUGCCAAACUUGCUUACUAGAUCUGCAAGUGGUCUGAUAAGCUGACUCUUGUUGUUUCCAUGUGGGCACUUGAAUCUCAUAUUUCCAAAACACAGCAUUAUUUUUAGAAGAUUAGUCUAAAAAUAUAAAAUGUAGUUGUUUAAAGGCGAGUGGUUGACAAGCGAAGAGGGGACCUUUAAAAAAAAAAAAAAAAAAAAAAAAAAGCAUGUUUAAAACGGUAAAGGAUUUUGGAAAAUGGUCCAGUUUAU